AUGGCUAUUGGUGCACGUCGUUUAUUUGGCGCAACAACAAUUCUUAUUCUCUUUUGUUUGAUCGUUUAUAUAUUCAAACGACAACAAACGACAGUUGCAGAUGAACGAAUCAAAACUAAUAAUAUAUUUCUUCCACGUUCCAAUGAUGAUGUUGAUGAUGAUAGUCAUAAACAACAAGUAUUACGAAUGGAACCACAACCAGUACAAGAUUUCAUUGCUACUAAAAAAGGAGCAGGAAAUCCAAAUUUAUUAAAAUAUAUUCAUUUUGAUUUGAAAGGAGCUCCUCCAAAAAUUGCAUUCUAUGAACCAUUUUUUAAAUUUAUAUCAAAAUUGAAUGCUGGAAUUAAAGGAAUCCUAAUUGAAUAUGAAGAUACAAUGCCAUUAAAUGGAAUGUUUAAUGAUUCAAUAAAUCGAGGUGGUUAUACUCAUGAACAAAUCGAAUCUAUUCAAACAUCAGCAAAACUGUAUAAUUUGGAAGUUAUUCCAUUAAUUCAAACAUUCGGCCAUUUAGAAUGGCUAUUAAAAUUGCAAAAAUUUGAAAAAUUACGAGAUAAUCCGCUUUUACCAAUGGUCAUUAGUCCAUGUCUUCCAGAGACAUACGUUGUACUUGAAGAUUUAUUGAAACAAACAUUGAAUCUGCAUCCAAAUAUAAAUACCAUUCACAUUGGUUGUGAUGAAGUAUCACCAAUGAAUGUACAUCCAAAAUGUCGAGAUGAUAAUAUUGGAAAUCCUGAACGUUAUAUACAACAUGUUCGACGAAUUGUCAAUGUAAUUCUUAAAAUUCGACCAGGAAUGCGAAUAUUAAUAUGGGACGAUGUUAUACGAUCUGAUCAAUUUUUAGAAAAAAGUACACUUUUGAAUGAUUUGAAAGGUAUAGUUGAACCUGUGUCAUGGUAUUAUAGUUCACAAUUUGAAGAUCAAUAUUCAUCUUCUCCAAUAUGGAGUAUCUAUUCAAAAACGUUUACCAAUGUUUGGGCUGCAAGUGCAUUUAAAGGUGGUUGGAAACGUUUUUCAAUGAUAACAAAUACAACUCAUCAUGUACUAAAUAACAAUCAAUGGAAUCUUUUUAUGCAAGAUCAAACAUUUCGAAAAGAUAAAUUUUAUGCCAUUAUUCUAACUGGAUGGUCACGAUUUGACCAUUUUAUGCCCAUAUGUGAUUUAUUUCCAACGGCUUAUAAAUCAUUACUCAGUUGUUUAUACACAUUAAAUACUGGAAAUAUUGUUGAUGUUACAAAUAUUAUUGAUUGUAAUACACUUGUUUCAACAUUAGGCUAUUCUAAUGUCGAUUGUCAAACAUUGCCUGGUACUCAAAUAUGGUAUGAUGUAAGUCAAUUGAGCACAUUAAUUGAUCGUUCAAAUGAAUAUAUUUCGUUUUUACAAACGGUUGCUCCAAUGUAUAAUCGUCAAUAUUCAUUUGUUAGACCUACCGAUUUACAACAACGUUUAUUUGAAUUACAAGCAGUAUUAAGUGAAUAUCAGCAUAUGUACGAUUCACUAACACAAUCAAUGAGUUUAAUCUAUACUCAAGACAUAAUGCAAGAAUGGCUUGAACUCUAUUAUUGGCCUCCAUACAGAGCAGUUAAUCAAACAUAUCAAGAAUAUCAACCAUUUACAACUCAAACACAUUGGCCAAUAAGGCCAUUGACAAAAUAG